UUUUUCAAAUCUGGAGGUAAGAAAUUAGUUCUUAAUUUGGGAAGUGUUCAUAGUAGAUUACGCAAAACACAAAGAGAUCAAUGAGCCAAGAACAACCUAUGAAACCCCAAAUGGGGGAAGAAGCUCAAGAACACCAUAAUAAUGCAUCCGCGCAUAUUCAAGAACAUAAAGAUCUUAGUAUUAAAGCAAUGGAUAAUAUCGAGACGAGUGUUUCCGCCAGACGUGCAGCAACCAAUGAACCGAGCAAUGGUGGACAGGUCGGAGGUAAAAGCAGUCAGCAAGCAUCACCACUAGCAGCAGAAGCCAUAUUUGAACGAGGAAACAUCACCAUUGGAGAAGCACUAGAAGCCACAGCUUUAACAGCAGGCAGCAGGCCGGUGGAUUACAGUGAUGCUGCCGCCAUACAAGCGGCGGAAGUGAGAGCCACUGGUCGCACCAAUAUCGUGCCCGGCGGCGUUGCUGCGGCAGCUCAAUCAGCAGCCACCCGAAACGCUCGGGUCGCACGAGACGAUGACAAAACGAAAUUGAGCGAGAUUCUAGCGGAAGCAACUUCAAAGCUACCGGCGGAUAAACCGGUGACACGAAGAGAUGCGGAGGGAGUCAUCGGAGCCGAGUUGAGAAACGAUCCGAAUCUAACCACCCGUCCUGGUGGCGUUGCGGCGUCGCUAGCGGCGGCUGCAAGGAUAAAUCAAAUUAACCAAACUCCCCAUAGCCAGAGUCCCCAUAGUCAACAUAGCCCGAGUCCACGUAACAAAGAUUGAAUUCUGACUAUAUUACAAUAAACGUUGGGACUUUUUUUGGUUCUAAUAACAAUUAAAUUCAAUGUAUUUUGAUAUUUGUGUAUUGAAUUAUGAUGUAUAGUAUAAUAUACUAAGGGACAAAUUUAUCUCGGUUUUUACUGUAAUUAUGAUAGAUAAGCCUAUAUAUAUAGCCAGUAUUUUGAU